CUGUAAUAUUCAUCUCAUAAACCAAUAGUAUCCCUAAAAAAACACCAUAUAAACUCUAAUGCAAGCAUUGUCUUUGAGAAACUGAGCUAUUUUUUUCAAAUGAUUGCAGCCAUCAUCCACCGUCAUGUGCACUAGUGGAGAAAAACAGGUCACCUUUGUUUUAGUAGCUAGUGACUGUUCUAUUCUACUACAGAAAAUACUGCAGAUAACAUCCUUGGGUGUUUUUAAACAUCAACAACAGGGCGUUGUAGGUGUAGUCUGAUCAGAUUUAUCUGACAACAUGACCAAACUAGAUUAUCGGCCUUGCAGCUGUAUACUGCCGCCAACCGGGCAAGUAACAGGAAAUAUAGUCACAACCUUUCAUUCCAGAGCUACAGUGUUGAAUAAUGGCUAGUGUUUUUGCAGAACAUUAUGAUAUCGCAGUGAAGUUGACCUUUGACCCUAUAAAAUGUCGUCACUUUAUCAUUUUAUACUCUUAGACAUUUGUGGUAAAUUGUAUCAUAAUUAGCACAUGAAUUUGUGAGUUAUAGCAAAAAAUGUGUUUUGUGAGGUCACCGUGACCUUGAACGUUGACCUUUGGCCACCAAAAUCUAAUCAGUCGAGCCUUGAGUCCAAAUGAAUGUUUGUGCCAAAUUUGAAGAAAAAUUCCCGCAAGGCACUACUGAGAUAUAGCGUUGACGAGAAUGGUCGAACACUGUCACCAGAUUUCAUCAAAAUGUUGCUACAUUCAAGAAGCAUGAAAAUACUUUGACAGAAUGUAGAAUAAUAAAAACUGUUCUAACUUGCGGAAAAUUGUGUGUUUGUGUAGGAUCCCAUUGUUAACAGCAGGAAGAGGAUUAAGAUUCUCUUCCAUGUUCACUCUUGACUUUGGAAAGAGUUUGAGAAAACAAAGAUAAACUGCAGGAACAUGGCACGAUUGUUUUCUCAAAUUCUCUUUCUAAGGUCAAAAAUAAACUUUGAGUCUCAAUUCUAGAAUUAACUGCUCCUCAAAAAAAUAAAUUCAAGUAUCAACAAAACAGAAACAGUUUGUCUCAGACACCGAUCUGCUUCCUCACACAGUACGCUAUAAUAUCUUUGUUCAGUCGCCAUGGCGGGCAGACGUUGGAGAAAAUACAUGAAAAAGCAGCAUAAUAAAGCUGCAAGACAACAGCAGCCCUGUACAUCCAGACCAGCGGCAGACGCAGAGGUGCAUGAACUAAAACAAGCCCUUAAAUCAGCUAAGAGAACCAAUCAGACACUGGUCUCAGUCAACACCAGUCUGAGGAAGAGCGCUGAGGAAUUCAAGCACAUGACGAUCAGCUGGGUAAAGGAAAAGGGUCAACUUGUGAAUGAAAACAGAGGUUUAAAGAGGGUACUCGGGAGGAAAUACCUCCAUGCUAAAAAUGAGGUCGAAAGGUUGGAGGAGGUUUUGAAGGCUGCUAAAACCAAUGAGAAGAUGGAGAAUGAAAGGCACCUGACUGCUUUUAAAAACAUCUUGCAUGAAUUCCAGACAUUGAGGACAUGGUGGACACUUAAAGAGGAAAAAAUAACCACUGAGCUCAAAGAAAUGCAAGAGAAGUGCCAGGAUCAGAGAGAGGUGAUAAUGAAAAAGUCAAAACGUAUCACCAGGUACAAGAGGGAACUGCUGGCUCUUGAAAUGUACCAUUUACAGAGAGAGAGAAGCUGGGGAAAAAAAUGUAAGGCCCUGAAAGUCAGACUCAGGGAGAAACUGGCUGAUGAGGAAGAGAGAGAACCACACCACGAAGAAGAAGAAAACAUUUCUCUGUUUCCUGGGAAAGAAGACGAACAAUUAAAAUGUGAGAGCGGCGACAGACAUGCUGCGGUUUGACUGGCUGCACCCAGACAUCACUCAUAGCUACACCUCCAUCUUCUUCAUCUCAGUUUUUUUUUUUUUCGAGUAGCUCAGUGAUGGUUCCUAAAAAAAAUUACUUUUAAAAUAAAGCCUUUAUGAACUUGCAUUUGAUUUAAACUCUCAG